CUUUGAGCAUCGGGAUCGGGAUGCAACAAACUUCAGACUGGUGGGUCACCAUCGGCCAACCUACCAGAUUUCUUAUUUCUCUUGAGAUUGCGAUCUUAAGGACACAUUUAAACAGGAGAAAUACUUACUCACAUAUGACUUGUUUAUGAGGAAUCAAAAUGCUAUCUAAAUUGACAGUGAUCACGGAUAUUUGCUGAGAAUUUCAGCUGAAAUUUGAGACAGGAUGUCUCUGUUCAGAAAGUUACUGGGGAAUACCAAUGGCCCGGAAGGGGCAAAAGGGGCUCCCGCCAAAGGAAACACCCCCUCAGGGAUGCAUCUCAUGGGAGCUCAGCUGCAGAGGAAGUUUGCCAAAGGAGUACAAUACAACAUGAAAAUUGUGAUUCGUGGUGAUAGAACAGUUGGCAAAACUUGCUUAUUUUAUCGAUUACAAGGACAAAAGUUUCAUGAAGAAUACAUUCCUACUGAAGAAAUCCAGGCUUGCUGCAUACAGUGGAACUACAAAACAACAGAUGACAUUGUUAAAGUGGAGGUAUGGGAUGUAGUGGACAAAGGGAAGAAAAAGAAGAAACUAGACGGACUAAAGCUUAGUAAUAAAGAGGAGGUGGAUGAGCCAAGCCUGGAUGCUGAGUUUAUUGAUGUGUACAAAGGAACUCAUGGUGUCAUCCUGAUGUAUGACAUUACAAAACAAUGGACAUUCACCUAUGUAGAGAAUGAGAUGGAGAAGAUCCCCCCUCACCUACCGGUCCUGGUCCUUGGGAACCACCGAGAUAUGGGGCACCACCGGACCGUGAUGGAGGAUAAGGCCAAAUACUUCUGCAUGCACUACGACAGGCCUGCUGGGUCAGCCAUUAUUCGAUAUGCUGAGUCAUCAAUGAGGAAUGGAUUCGGCCUCAAGUAUCUCCACAAGUUCUUUAAUCUUCCAUUUCUUAACCUCCAGAGAGAGACACUGAUGAAGCAGUUAGAGAUCAACGUCCUAGACAUGGAGUCCACGCUGGAGGAACUAGACAUCCACGAGGAAUCGGAGGAACAGAACUACGAUGUGUUCAUUGAUAGUAUUUGUAACAAAAGACAACAGCAGCAGGAGGAGUUGUCCAAAUCAGCCACAGAUGGCACCACUCUACGACAGGGAGUGACCAGCUGUCCGGAUACAAACACCGAGAUUCCAGUGCCAAAAUCCUUGUCCAUGCCUUCCCUCCAGAAAUCUACUGUGUCUCCAAAAGAAUCAGCCUCUGUGGGUAGUACCCCUGUAGGGGCAGGGCCGCCUGUCCCAACAGAAACACAUACACCAGCAGAACCAGCCAAUCAGCCGACAGAACAGAAAUCAGGCUUCUUCUCAAGGCUUUUCAAGAGCAAAGAUUCAACAGCUUCCAAGAAGGCAGAAUCUGAGCCAGAAUCGGCUGUACCCAGUGUCCCGGUGGAAGCCGUCACGAGCGUGGAAGAUUUCGUUCCAGACGGAGGAGUCAUCGACAAGAGCUUUCUGGAAGAUGCAAAGGAAGUGAAGGAUUCUGGGAAGACAGAGGUCAACUCGGACAGCGACAGUGAAGAAUCAACAGGAAAUCCGAUGGUGGCAGGGUUUCAAGAUGACCUUGACUCAGAUGAUGACUACAUUCCCAGCCAAUCCAGAGCCGCCAUCGCUGACGACAUAGAUCUCUCAAGUGAUGACGAAAAAACAAAAAUCAUUUCUGCCAAAUCUGUGGAACUCUUAAGUGAUGAAGAUGAAAAAAGACCUGCUGUGAAGCAGAAUGAUGAGGACGUAUCUGACAGUGAUGAGGAUAUGAAGCCAUCUGUUAUUGUUGCUCAAGACUUUGACUUGUCUAGUGAUGAUAAUGACAGUGGAUCGGUCACACAACAGACUGGUAAAAGCACUGACCAGUCAAGUCAAAGUAAAUCAGAAAAGGCAUUAAGUACGGUAGUCUGUGAUGAUACUCAAACAAAGACAGGUGAGACAGACACAGUCUCAGGUGGUAAAGGUGUGGAAGAUGAUUCCAAUGAUACGAGUGUGCUUAAAAAGACGGAAGUCAGCUCUUGGGAAGUCAAGGUUCCUGGCUCGUGUUCCAGUGAUGAUGACACAGAGGAGGGAACCAGUCAGAGUAACCAGGGGGCCACCAGAGUGAGAGCGGACAGUGAGGGAUCAUCUGUAGAGGGGGACACUGCGACGCCGGUGGUGAUUCUUGCUGACGAGGACGUGAGCGAGGAGGAGUUGGUGGUCAGCAACACAGAGCAGGCCGGGCUCUCUGAUUGGCUGGACCAGCUGGAGACCAAGGGUGGAGCUGAUGAUGUGGCUGGUAUCAAAGAUGACGAAUUGUCCUCAAGUCCGGAGCCACAAGUUAUUCCUAGUCAUUCCAAAUCAAAGAAAUCUUCCAGUAAAACAUCUGCCAUUGAGAACCCAGAAGAAGAGGUGAAGAAGAAGAAAAAGAAGAAAAAGGACAAGGAUGAGAGUGGGACAAAAAAGAAAAAGGAGAAAAGCUCAAGAGAUAAAGAUGGAAGUAAGAAAGAAAAACCUGACAAGGGGGGAGGGGAGUCAGGAAAGAAAGAAAAAAAGAAGAAAAAGAAGAAGGAAUCAGCUGUAGACGACGAGGGUCGGAACGAGCUGGAGGCGUUUCUGAAUGACGGUGGGGGGUACGAGUCUCUGUAGACAGAGAGGCAAUGAAUGGAGGGUCUCGGAGACGGAUAACGUUACUAUGACUAGUCAAUGAGGGACGUGUAAUGAUGAAAAUAAACAACCUGCUUUACAACCAGUGCAGCUUUCCUACCACCCACACACACACCGUAUCAGGGGCUUGCAGUACAAGACAUCAUUCAUGUACAUGCAACUUUCUGAUUCCUAACAAUGCAAUGACUCUAAUUUUAAUUAUGCAGCAAAAAAUUCAACUUUGUUCAUUGCUUUUCAUUGCAGUGGUUAGUGACUCACUCAUACAGACUGCUUUAAUUCUUCUCAUGUGUCCAACUUCCAUUUCGAUUUUACAAAUUCCUCUUUAAGACUGUAGAGAUUCAAUCAUUCUGAAAAUUUGUGACCACUUUUUCUGUUUUACCAUUUUUUGUGUUUGUGUGUGUGUAGGGAUUUUUGAAAAUUGUUUUUUGCAAUGCAGAUUUGUUAUAAAUGUAAACAUGUAUAAAAUCAUAGUAUUGUAUUGUGUAAAGUUCGGAAUGUCCAAACAGUGAACUAAUAGUGAUAUCAAAAAGGAUGUGUGACUUUUAUUUUAAUCAGUUUCAUUUUGUUUAUCUUUAAAAACAUAUUUGUUAUGAAUAUUUUUAUUUUGUUGUUGUGUUCAAGGCAUAGAUCAAUAUGUCUCAUAGAUUUUGAUAUCAGGAUUUUAGGCAUUACGCGGAUCUUGCAUCAUGAAGUUUUGAACGAUAAAAAAUAAGUUUUUAGAUGUUUUUUUCUGUAUGUGUGUUUGUCUCAGUUCUUGUACCGUGCCUAGCAUUGCAUUCUUUGUCCAUGUAUGUACAUGUAUGUUUCAAUAUUUCAGUCUAUACGUGUGCACACACAUAUCCUCAUGUAUUUGAGGUCUUGGAGAUUGAAAUUCUGUGUGCACUGCUGACAUUUACAGUAGUUCUACAGUUUUCAAAUUUUCUGACCACUGUAUACAAAGCUACAUUAUUUAUUAUCAUAGGUUAUAGGAUUUUCAAGCAAAAUCAUGCCACAAAGUGUAUGCGCUAUUUAUUGAUGAGGUACUGUGAAUGAAUUAAACAAAAUACAUUGUAUUCAAAUGUUAUUCAAUAAAAAAUAUGAAUUAAAUGAA